AUGAACGGCUCACAUACACCGCCGAGGACUCCACUGGAAGACGUAAGUUUGCCUUCCCUUUUGUUUGGUUGGUUUUGGUUGGCGAUUCUGGUAGGCCUGUUAAAAACCAAAAAUAAAAUAAAAAUAGGACACCUACGACUCCAUCCUCCACCUCCUCGAAACAUUGACUGCCGGUCACUCGAGCACUCGCCUGCAAAUAACCUCCUACGAGACGCGGAUCGGGGACCUGGAGAACCUAAACUCCGAACUGCUGAAGCAGAGUGAGGAACUCCGCUCCCAACUGCUUCUGCGAAAGCCCGUGCCUGGAUCCGCACCCGCACCCACCUCUUCACCGUCUCCCCCGUCAUCGCUGUCGCCGGCAGAGCCGAUCGUGGUUAUAUCCGAUCUGGAGAAGGCGCAGUACCUCCAGGACGCGCUGAUUUCCGAGCGGGAAGCGUUCGCAACAAGGGAGGAGAGCUUGACGGCUAGGAUUUGGGGGCUAGAAACGGCGGUUACGGAUUCUCUGAGGGAUUUGCUAAGGGAGAGGAGGGCUAGGGAGGAGAUUGAAUGGAAGAGCCGGACCAGGCCGAAUUCGGUUGUGUUGACGGGGAUUGGGGGCGGUAGUCCUGCUCGCGAGGGUGGGCUGGCGAGGGUUAAGGGAGAGUUGCUGAGGAUGGGUGGGGAGUUGAAAGUAUGUUUUCUUCCUCCCCCUUUUAUUAUCCACCUGUUUGUGGGGCUCUUCUAGGGGGAUUUGUUAGGGAACUUACUCAGAUUGAUUUUGUAGGCUGCGAAUGAAGAGAUCGAGAGGUUGAGGGAGGAGAUUGAGAGGUUACCCCCUCAGUUGGUAUCCCUCUGCCCAUAUCAUUACCCGUAAAAAAUGCUAAUGGCGGCGGACUGUAGAGGCACUAGUAGCACAGCGGAUGACACAGAGGCGGAAGUGAACAUGCUCAAGGACGGGUUGAAAAGGAUUGAGAGAUUGGCGCUUGCAUAUGCUCCCUUAAAGGAUGAGAUGGGGCUGCUGGAUGCGAUAGAGGUAUGGAAGAAGGAGUUUGUAGAUGUGUGUAAGGAGAGAAGGAGGAGGAAAAAGAGGGAAGAGAAGCGUGGGACGGGUUAGGGGUGACAUGGGAGAUUAGCGGUGUCUUGGUUCCGAUAUCCAGGGAUUUUCUGUGUACAAUUUUGGUAUUUCGGUUUUUCGGUUUUGUUUCGCUUUCUUUUUCUUUUAUCUCACUCGUAUUCCAUUACUUUAUUUUGCAUCCAGGGAUUUUUCACUGUACGAGUACCCAAGUACAUCGUGAUGCACUAGUUAUGAGUGCCACUUGAGCAUAGAAAAAAGAAAGAGUUUAUGAG